AGUAAACAACAAAACCACUGGACCAAAUCACACCAAAUUUGGCCACAAAAGACAUAGUCAUCCAAUCAAUCUGCAUGCAAAAACGGCUAGGCGUGUCAGUGCUGACACGCGUGUCCUAGGUUGGCCCUCCCUGGCGUAGUCCAUAAGUGAGGGCAUCUGCAUGGAAGUGGCCUGGCCUUGGUUCCCUGUGGGGCCGUUUCAGGGCCACUUGCAAUAGUUCUGGGGAAUUUUUGGAGGGAAUGAGAAGUCCCCUUAAGAGGCCCGGAGGAGGGUGAACGUGGUCGCUUCUUGCUUGACUCCCGUGGCCACAGAUGCAGGUGAAACGGACAGAGGAGCAAAUGGGCCAAACGAGAGAAAGAAGAAGAGGAAGGAAAGGAGCGCAGGGAAAUCGCACUUCCCUUUUUGCCGGAGAUAAAAGCGCCGUGUCCGCUUGACUUCUGAAGAGACCGAGACGGAGAGAAACACCGAGCGGGAGAGAGAGCAAGAGGGACCAAAAGCACCGGGAAAGGCCGUCAUGGGUGACCGGGGAGCCUACAUCCGACACAUUGAGCUUCUUGGCUUUGAGAAGAGGUUUCUCCCAAGUCAACACUAUGUUUACAUGUUUCUGGUGAAAUGGCACGAUCUCACCGAAAAAGUCGUCUAUCGGAAGUUCACCGAGAUAUACGAGUUCCAUAAAACCUUGAAGGAGAUGUUCCCGAUUGAAUCCGGGGAUAUUAAUAUCGAGAAUCGGAUCAUUCCACACUUACCAGCACCAAAGUGGAUUGACAGCCAGCGAUCCACCCAGAACAGGCAGAACACUCUCUCCGAGUACUUCUCGGCCCUCAUCAACCUCCCGCGCAAGAUCUCCCGGUGCGAACUCGUCCUGGGUUUCUUCAAAGUCAGACCGGACGACCUCAAUCCUCCCAACACAGGCCACCUCAAGAAGCCAGAGACCUAUUUAAUGCCCAAGGACUCCAAGAAGAUCGCAGAAGACAUCACAGGGCCCAUCAUCCUGCAGACCUACCGGGCGAUUGCAGACUACGAGAAGAGCUCCAGCACCGAGAUGGGGGUCAAGGCGGGGGACGCCGUGGACGUUGUGGAGAAGAGCGAGAGCGGCUGGUGGUUCUGUCAGCAAAAGAACAGACGUGGUUGGGUCCCUGCUGCCUACCUGGAACCGAUGGACGGCCCCGACGAGUCCGAAGAGCAGGAGCCCAAUUACGCGGGCGAGCUCCACGUCGUCCGCAAAGGCUACACGGCUGCCCAGGAGGACGAGAUCUCGCUCAAGGAAGGAGAGACCAUCGAAGUCAUCCACAAACUGCUGGACGGGUGGUGGGUCGUCAGGAAGGACGAGGCCACCGGCUACUAUCCCUCCAUGUACCUGCAGAAAGCGGGCGAGGAGAAGGCCCCGGAGAACAACCACCAGCUGAGGAACAAGGCCGCCCCACCACGAAGAUCCACCAUCCGAAACAUCAAGAGCAUCCACAGCCAGAGCCGCAAGCAGAUCAGCCAGGAGACGUACAGGCGAAACAGCGUGAAAUACAUGCAGAGCCGGAAGAGGCUGAGAGGCAACAACCUCCUGAACAAAGGCGGUGCGAUCUUGGAGAAGGACGAGAGGGAGGACGGGAAGCAGCCCAAGGCCCAGCCGGCCAUCCCUCCGCGGCCCAGCAAAGACCUGAUCCUGACCCGCUGCUCCGAGAGCACCAAGAGCAGGGUCAAGUGAGGACGGGAGGACGGCCUCCAAGGACAAAGAACCCGGCAGCCAUAAUAACAAUCUAGAUCUAUAAUCUUCUAUCUUCUAUAUUGCGCAUAAUAAUAGAAUGAUAUUAUAUAUAUAUAUAUAUAUAUAUACACACAAUAGUCUCACUUAUCCAACAUAAACUUAUCCAAUAUAUAUAAUCAAUAUUAUUCUAUUAUUAUGGUAGUAUAUUAUUACUAUUAUAUUAUUAUUAUUAUUAUUAUUAUUAUUAUUAUUAUAUUCAUUAUUUGUGACUACAUUGAAACUACAAUAGAGAGAAAUCAGCGUAGAAACUGCAAGAGGUCCCAGAGAUUGUUGUACACUAGAGUCUCACUUAUCCAACAUAAACGGGCCGGCAGAAUGUUGGAUAAGCGAAUAUGUUGGAUAAUAAGGAGGGAUUAAGGAAAAGCCUAUUAAACAUCAAAUUAGGUUAUGAUCUUACAAAUUAAGCACCCAAACAUCAUGUUAUACAACAAAUUUGACAGAAAAGGUAGUUCAAUACGUAGUAAUGCUAUGUAGGAAUUACUGUAUUUAUAAAUUUAGCACCAAAAUAUCACAAUGUAUUGAAAACGUUGACUACAAAAAUGCGUUGGAUAAUCCAGAACGUUGGAUAAGCGAGUGUUGGAUAAGUGAGAGUCAAUGGUUUUUGAGCCGCUGUGUGUGUUUGUCUCCAUCCAGUGGUGAAAGGCGCGCAUUGCAGGCGGAGAGAAAAUGAAUAGGGAAUAAGCCGCUGUGUGUGUUUGUCUCCAUCCAGUGGUGAAAGGCGCGCAUUGCAGGCGGAGAGAAAAUGAAUAGGGAAUAAGCCGCUGUGUGUGUUUGUCUCCAUCCAGUGGUGAAAGGCGCGCAUUGCAGGCGGAGAGAAAAUGAAUAGGGAAUAAGCCGCUGUGUGUGUUUGUCUCCAUCCAGUGGUGAAAGGCGCGCAUUGCAGGCGGAGAGAAAAUGAAUAGGGAAUAAGCCGUUGUGUGUGUUUGUCUCCAUCCAGUGGUGAAAGGCGCGCAUUGCAGGCGGAGAGAAAAUGAAUAGGGAAUAAGCCGCUGUGUGUGUUUGUCUCCAUCCAGUGGUGAAAGGCGCGCAUUGCAGGCGGACUGGAAAAUUCCCCGCAUUGCCCUCAAUGGAGAGGGAGGAGGAGGAGGAGGAGGAGGAUGCCCUCUCCAUUCAAUAUUAUUAUUACUAUUAUUAUUAUUAUUAUUAUUAUUAUUAAAAUGCUUUUAUUGAAGUUUUCUUACGUGUACAUAGACUAAAAAUAAUCAAAAACCCAACUACAAGAGAUUAUACGUUUUAUUCAAAUAUAGACACGAAUCGUGGUCCAGAAUCGAUAUGAUCUGGGCCACAAACUCACUUGUAACCAAAAUGGACAAAAUAAACAUUUUAUCAAGAGAUAAA